CACAGCUUGUCACAUGGUACAAGGCUGUUGUGAAUAGCCUUGUACCAUGUGACCUCUGUGAUCAUUCACAGAUUUCACAAGUAGUAAGCAAUGAUGUCAGGAAGUGACAUCUUGUUUACUAAUGUUCCUGUGAUCACUGAUUGGCCAAUCAGGGAUUACAUGAAUUGUGACCUCACACAGAGGUCCCUUCUUGCAGCCAUUGGGAAAUACUGUGAGAGCUGUGAUUGGUCACAGCUUGUCACAUGGUACAAGGCUGUUGUAAAUAGCCUUGUACCAUGUGACCUCUGUGAUCAUUCACAG